AUGGAAACCUUAAACAAUAUUUUGGGUACCACAGUGCCUUUAGGUAAGGACAACAAAAACACCCAGAAUACAAGUGAGCAACCAUAUACUGUUGAAAGUGAUUGCUUCUCAGAUUUUAUAUCUGAUCAUAACAAUUGGGUAAAGGCAAACCCGAACUUAAGUAACGUUACGCAUCUAAAAGAAGAACUAGGAAAAUUUGAAAAUAGACAUAAGGACAUUCAAGCAACGCUUGUAAAUGUGAUUCCACCGUUAAAAGACUCUUUACAAACUUUUUCAGAACAGUUAUCCGCAUUUACUAACGAAUUAGGGUUCAUUAGGAAUAAAUCCUCCGAACUCAAGGCAUUGCUUGACGAUAACUCGCAGAAAUUAGCAGACAUUAGUCCUAUGGUUAACGACUUGAUAAUACCUCCCAAAAUUGUAGAUGAAAUCGUCCACGGAAAAAUUAACUCAAAUUGGCAAGACAACAUAACGUUCAUCAAGGACAAACAAGAGAUUUAUAGCAGAUAUAAAAAUCAGCAAAAUGUGCAAAAUAGUAAGUUGUUGAUGUUACCAAAAGACUUUCAACUUCUAAGUAAUAUCCUGGACGUUUUGAAAUCUAUAAUACUGGAAAGAUCAAAAAAGUUCAUUGUCUCUAGGAUCAAAUUAUUAAGGAGUAGCCCCCCUAUCUCUUCACAAAGGAUACAAAAACAAUUGUUACAAGUUAAUGAGAUUUUCAAAUUUAUUAUAGAAAACAAUUAUUCUCUAGCCCUAGAAAUAAGACAAGCUUAUGCUUACACAAUGAGAUGGUACUAUAAGGAAUAUUUCGGUCGUUAUAUUCGAUCUUUGACAAUUUUACAAUUCAAACAAAUAGACAAUCAAUACUCUUUGGGGAAUGUCUUGAUAAAUAGUACCAACAAGAACAAUUCUUCAUCAUUAUUUACAAGCUACUUAUCGACUGGGUACAUAUCUACAGUAGAUAAUGAAGCUAUAAAAGAAUACUUCCAAAUUAAGAAAAGAUUAUCAAUUCUGACACAGGAAGACAACACUGUUAUGGUCUCACAAAUCGCUGAAAAUAAUAAUAGCAGAGAUAAUUUUAUCGAAACAGGAUUCAAGAAUUUAAACCUGGCUAUUCUAGACAAUUGUACAGCUGAAUACAAUUUCACUAGGAAAUUUUUCCAAAUAUCUAAUAAUACGGAAGAAAUCAAUGGACUAUUAGAGCAAAUUUUUGAGCCCACUUUCAAGAACGCUUUGAAUUAUACGCAACAAAUUUUGAUAAACCAAUAUGUGUACGAUAUAUUUGGUGUGCUCAUAUCUAUUAGAAUUGCCAACCAGUUAGAAAUUGAGUCAGGAAGGAGAUCAAUACCCGUUGUGGAAAGCUAUCUAAAUGACCAAUUAAUCCUACUAUGGCCAAAAUUUCAACAAUUAGUAAGUUGGCAGUCUGAUUCCUUGAGUAAAGUAUCUAAUUCACAGUUAUUGAAAAUUACUGAGGACGAGAUGGUUAGACCACACGAAUUAACUAUUUUUUUCGCAACUUUUUUGGAAAGCUUAUUAACCCUAACAACCCAUGUUUCAACAGAACAAGUUGACAAAGAGGUAAUUCAAGAUGAAAAAUCUGAGCCUUUGUAUAACUCAAUCAUACGAUUGAGAAAUGAUUUUGAGACCAUAAUGACCAGAUCUAGUAAACAGGCAGUCUCACCGGAAAAAUUCCUAUCAGUAAAUUACUUAUACGUCUUAAACUCCCUACAACAACAAACAUUGUCAUUGGACAGGAACGACUUAGAUAGUAACAAAAAUUUUGAACAAUCCAUUAUAAAAGAAACACAAGACCAUUUUAUGACAUUGGUUGAAGCGUUCAACCAGUCUCCCAAUUGA